GCAGUACAGCUACAGUCGGCUGCCGUAAAGAACCCCAGCGAAGAAGAAGAAGACAGACAGACAGACAGACAGACAGACAGCUAGCUAGCUAGCUAGCUAGCUAACUAAAGCAUAGACAUAACUGAAGCACUGAAGUUGUUUGCAAUCGUUGACAGUUGAGAACGGUGUAAUGCGAGCUUCUCUGCGCUGGGUGCUCUGGGAUGUGAAAGACACCCUGCUGAAGGUGCGUGCAUCUGUGGGAGAGCAGUACUGCAAGGAGGCUGAACGAGUCGGCUUAAACCUCAGUCCUCUGGAGGUUGAAGCUGCUUUCCGUCACGCAUAUCAACAUCAUUCCAGCAGAUACCCAAACUAUGGCGUCACUCACGGCUUGGAUGGACAGUCUUGGUGGAUGGGAGUGGUGCGAGACACUUUCUCCCAGUGCAGGGUACAGGACCCGGCCCUGCUAAAUACAGUUGCUCACAACCUUUAUCAUAACUUCUGCAAUGCAGAGAACUGGGAGGUUUUUUCAGACUCAAAGAAGACCCUGGAGUGUUGCUCUUCUCUAGGACUGAAACUGGGUGUUGUAUCAAACUUUGAUAGCCGCCUAGAAAAGAUUUUACAUGUUUGUGGCCUGCGGUCUCACUUCAGCUUUUUGAUAACAUCAGAGGAAGCAGGUAUAGCAAAGCCCAGUCCAGCCAUCUUUGACCAGGCACUGCAGAGAUGCGGAGUACCAGCUGCUAGUGUAGCUCACAUUGGGGACCACUAUGUGAACGAUUACCUCGCCUCUCGGUCUGUGGGCAUCCACGGGUUCCUGUUAGACAGACGCAACAAGCAUAGCCAACCUGACGUUCCUCAAGAGCAUCGGCUUAGCUCCCUGGAGGAGCUGCCAUCACAGCUUCAGCUCUGCAUUGACUAAUGUCAAGAGCCUUGGGCUCAACUGCAAAGCUACCCAGCCUAACUGUGGUUCAGUUAAGGAACUAAUUUCUGGGAUGUAGCUAUGUUGACCUAUGUUGAGCUAUGUUAACCACCUGAGAGCUCAAAUGACAUGCUCCUGAUAGAUAUUUAUAGGGG